UUUCUUCCUAGUUUUCACGCCUUCAUACUCUUUUUCCUGAGUGUUGUUGCAUAGGAUGUAGAUGGUGGGUUCGUUCUUGGAUCAUGUCUUCCUUGCUUAAAAAUCUAGAAGAUUGAUCAUGUUCAUGUUCUCCUAACUGAUCUGUCCUAUAACAGAAUAUUGAGAAGAUCUGAAAGCUAACGAUCAUGAUGAAGAAAGCUAUUACCAGUCCAUCUAUUAUGAUCAUUGUUCUGGUGAUUCUGCUGUUGCCGGAUUCAUUAUUUGCAGACCCAAGAGCUCACACAAUAAAAUUUAUAUGCGGAACACAACUUGAGCACAACACCACCAUUUACGUCCCGAAUUUCGUUGCCACCAUGGAAAACAUAAGUGCACAGAUUCGAAAUUCGGGCUUUGGUAUAGCAGUAACGGGCUCAGGGCCAGAUACGAAUUAUGGUUUGGCGCAAUGCUAUGGUGAUCUCUCUUCAGUUGAUUGUGUAUUGUGUUAUGCUGAAGCCAGAACUGUUCUGCCUCAGUGCUAUCCUGUCAAUGGAGGGAGGAUUUAUCUUGACGGCUGCUUUAUGCGGGCAGAGAACUAUAGUUUCUUUCAGGAGUAUACCGGUCCUGGAGACCAUGCUGUCUGUGGGAAUAGAACCAGACAAGAUUCAGCUUUCCAGGCAUCCACGAGACAGGCUCUAACACAAGUGGUUUCAGCUGCACCAAUCAAUAAAGGAUACGCACGGGCCCAGGUGGCAGUGGCCGGGACAUCAAACCAGUCGGCUUAUGUUUUGGCCGACUGCUGGAAGACAAUAAAUGCCAAUGCUUGCCGAGCUUGCCUGGAGAAUGCGUCUGCGUCCAUAUUGAGAUGCUUACCGUCUUCGGAGGGACGAGCCCUUAAUACCGGUUGUUUCAUGAGGUACUCAGACACCAAUUUCCUCAAUCCUAUACCACGAAAUGGAAAUUCAAGAGGGAGAGUUAUACUAAUAGUAAUAGCAGCUGUCAGUGCAGCGGCUGUUUUGAUAAUUGGAGCCGUCAUUGGAGUUUAUCUGUGGAAGAGCAGAACAAUUCAAAAAAAGAGAAAAGGUGACGCUGAGAAAUUGGUGAAGACCCUUAACGACAGCAGCUUGAACUUCAAAUAUUCCACCCUUGAGAAAGCCACUGGUUCAUUUGAUGAAGCAAACAAGCUUGGGCAAGGCGGAUUUGGAACAGUGUACAAGGGAGUUUUGCCAGAUGGAAGAGAAAUUGCUGUCAAGAGGCUUUUCUUUAACAACAGACAUAGAGCAGCAGAUUUCUACAAUGAAGUGAACAUAAUUAGCAGCGUCGAGCACAAAAAUCUAGUCAGAUUGUUGGGGUGCAGUUGCUCAGGGCCUGAGAGUCUUCUUGUCUAUGAAUUCAUGCCAAACAUGAGCCUGGAUCGCUUUAUCUUCGAUUCUAGCAAAGGUAAAGCAUUAAACUGGGAGAAGAGAUUCGAGAUAAUUAUAGGAACAGCAGAGGGGUUGGUGUACCUCCAUGAGAACACAAAAAUACGAAUUAUUCACAGAGACAUAAAAGCAAGCAAUAUCCUCUUGGACUCAAGGCUACGUGCUAAAAUUGCCGAUUUUGGGUUGGCUAGGACUUUCCAAGAAGAUAAAAGUCAUAUCAGCACCGCAAUAGCAGGAACAUUGGGAUAUAUGGCCCCAGAAUACUUAGCCCAUGGCCAGUUGACAGAAAAAGCAGAUGUUUAUAGCUUCGGUGUGCUUUUGAUAGAAAUUGUCACAGGUAGGUCGAACAAUAGAAGUAAAACCACAGAGUACUCGGACAGCUUGGUUACUAUUGCAUGGACGCAUUUCCAGCAAAGAACAGUGGAAGAGCUCUUCGACCCGAACCUAAUGCUGCAUAAUUACCACAACGUUAACAUUAGAAAUGAGAUUUUACGAGUGGUUCACGUUGGACUGUUGUGCACCCAAGAAAUCCCUUCAUUACGGCCAUCUAUGUCUAAGGCACUACGGAUGCUCGUAAAGAAUGAAAACCUCCCAGCACCAACAAGUCCCCCUUUCACAGAUGAAAAGACCAUGGAACUUAAUGACACAAGCGAGAACUUCUCAACAGGUCUUGAGCAUGGAAAUGCUGCUUCAGUUGCCAGCAUUUCUCAGAGUAUUUUCUACCCCAGGUGACAUCAAAGCAAGCGGAAUCUGCAGGGCUUUAUUCCUUGGAUCAAUUAUAGAAGCCUAGAUUCAACUAGGAAAUUUCUGCCAUGCAUCUUUGGGCAAAAGAUAACCGGUGGUGUAAAGUUGUAGUAUAGACCAGGGUGAUAAGGGAGGGAGAUCUAAACAGGGCUACAACCAUGAUCCCAAUAAAGUACAGGCUACUGAAGAGUGAAGAGCUUUUGUUUGGAAUGGAUCCUGUUAAUGUGUGUAAUUGAUACGAAUAUGUACACAACAUUAUAUGCUCAGACAUACAACAUAAGGGCGUGAUUUUGUCAGCUGA